AUGGAAGCGGUUCUCUAUAAGAGACCGAUAGCAAUCAGCGUUCAUACGCUGACAACCUUGACAGCAAACUUCAAGGUAUACGCGGAACCAAUUGCGUUCUCGCAAGACGAACAAUCCCAACUCGAUGAAGCCCAAGCGGCCAUCGACCUCAUAAGUGGGGGGAUUAACCAACUAAACAAAGCCAAAGAGGAUCUAAAAAGCCUCCUAAACCAAUUCAAAGAGUACUAUAGCACGAGCACAAAAGACGAAAAGAAAAACUUGAACAACGCUAUCGAGGAGAUAGAAAGGGAGACCAAUUUCAAUGAGGUCUUAGGAAAAGCAACAGAGAUGGUCUUCAUGCUGGAGUCACGCAUGACUGAGGCCAAAAGCGCAAAAAACAGACUGAUGCGAAAAAUUUCACUGGAUAACCGUCCAGAUAUGUUCAAAAGCAUGGAAGCAGAUGAGAUACAAAGAAAAAAUUCUCAAGAACAAGUGAUUGAUGACACCCCAAUGAUUACCAGUCAGGGGUCAGAAUGGCUAUCAGAAGAUAGCAGCGCCAGCGCAACAGUCACCCGCAUAGAAGCCGUAAUCAAUACAAGACCGUUGGCAAAAUUACCUUCAACGGACAUCUCGGAUAUACCACUCCGGCCCGUCGACUUUCUACAGGGAAACCUGGCGUACAGCAUACCGAAUGUCGGCUUGUCCACGGAACGCGACAACUCGUAUGAUCCUGACCUAAUUCAAACUGCGCUACAAGCAAGACAAGCUUUGGAAUAUUCAGAGACCGUAGCCAACAAAUUCUGGGAAAGGUGGAAUACCGAGUACCUGACAAUGCUUCGUGAAAUUCAGCAAUCCGAACUUCGUCAAUCCAGACAUACCGCCCUAAGAGACCCCAUCGUCGGUGAGAUAGUCUUAAUACAACAAGAUUUCAUACCACGAGGCAAUUGGUCUUACGGCAAAAUCAUUGAACUUCUGCGAAGCCAGGACGGUCAGGUUCGAUCCGUCAAGUUACAGCUACCGAAUAGGCACAUUCUACAUCGUCCACUAACGAAAAUCUAUCCGUUAGAGCUUAGAAGCACACCAAUCAACGACAAUCCCAUCGAAGAAAUACAAGAUAAUGCUCCAGAAACAGCGACGAGACCUUUACGGCAAGCUAGAGUAAGAGCUCUACAAGCAAUUCAAGAGUUUGAAGAAAGUUUAGAGGAGCCUAACACACCACGCGCUUCCCAAUACAUCAGUUUAGGAACAUAUCCACUCUUACUCACACUUUUCCUAACCAUCAUAAGCGCGGCAAAUGCAACGCAAAGCGCACUGCAUUGCCUUAAUGGUACAGUGAAUAUAACCUCACCGAAAGAGCAGUUCGAGCUUUGCAUAGCCGAAAGGUGCAAAACUUAUGCAAAAAACAGCUCUGACCUAUCACUUCGUUUACCGCACACGUCACAAGCAAAUAACAUUAGCAUAUCCAUGAAAUUCAAAUCAUCCACGAACAUGGUUCAUAUAGCUAGAACAUGCAAAAUGCCUUCCAUAUGUGACCAUCCGCAUUUAAUUCUAUCAAAAAAGCUUCUUGCUAACCCACACUGUUGGCCUACAGGUGCAAUCAUCUCAAUAGCAGCACUAAUCUACCUCGUGCUUACAAUUCCACUCAUCCUAUACCUUUGUUGCGCAAAACGCAAAAAGGAACAAGUUCGUUACAGGCCACACAACAGACUUUCACUUAGAACUUUCGCACCAGCACCCAUACAUAACACAAACAUCAUUGCCUUGAGCUUAAUCGCCCUCACCACGCUGGCUAGCGCCUGCCAACACGGGCAUAUGAGGCACAACGUAGACCUUGAGUGCGGCAGGGACAACCAGUGCACCUAUGAACUCAAUAGAGAGGUGCUCUUCAACAAAAUUCAAGUGAAUCUGUGCGUUCAGAUACGCCACGCAAACAAAACUAUAGGAACACUACAUAUCAAAAAUAACCCAAUAACAAUGGAAUGCUCGAAGCGCACACUGUUUUUCACCAGAGAUAGCAAACCACGUGUUUAUAGCGCGGUCAGAUGUCAUCAAGCAGGGUCUUGCACAGAGCAAAUAUGCGCGAACCUCAAAGCUAAUGGAACGGUACAGGAGCUUGAGCGUCAACACGCCGAAGAAUAUCCAGGGUACUCAGGAUGUGAAAGAGCCUGUGGUGGAUUAGCUUGUGGAUGUUUUUUCCCGAUACCGGCCUGCUCAUUUUACAGAGUCGCACACGUGCCACGCAACGAGGACGUAUACGAAGUCUUAGAUUGCUUAGAAUGGAAACCCAGCGUCAACCUUUCCUUGCAACUUACGCUUUUCAAUAGGGUAGCAUCCAAGCAGAUGAUAUUGCUACCCUAUGUAACACAAAAGUUCGAAGAAAUCGAGUUCACAGCCAUAUCAGUGCACAAACCGGCACUCCCCGUACUUCACAGGCGCUUCGCUAUCUCUAACAAUACCGCACUAGCAAUUCCAGAAGGCUAUAAACUACCGGUCGAAUGUUCAUCCGCAGCUAAUGCAUUGUCAGACUUCAGAUCCUGUGCAAAUCGCAUGAUAUGUGCAUGCAGAGGAACAAACCCACCAACCCGAUGCGAUUGCCCAAAUGAAAACAUACAGGAUAUCAAAGCAGAUGCAUCAAACAAGCUGCCUACAAUAACACCAUUCUCACAAACAUUCGUCUACGAUAACAGCAUCGUGACACGUACACAGGAGGCUGAGGUCACAAUAAAAAUCGAGUCGAAACUGCUCUUAGACUCGGGGCAUUACACGUUAGAUCAGGAAUGCCAAGUCUCAGUCACUAAUGUGACAGGAUGCUACGACUGCCAAGAAGGCGCAACCAUAUCCAUAUCAUGUCUAACCGAAAUCGACGCUUGGCUGACCAUAAGAUGCGGUGCGCACACUUUUCCCGUCGAAUGCGGUGCAAAAACUACGCAGUCAAAAGUUGUAUUGGAUUAUGAUCGCGCUAUCGUAGAGGAGAGAUGCACAGCAACAUGUAAGGGAAAACAAAUCGAAUUUGAUCUAGCCGGACACCUGGAAUACAUGCCCAAACACCUAGAAGCGCCGUCGUUUGAGACUGAUGGAGACUUCACAUGGCAUCAGAAACUGGACUGGUUCAGCGAUAUCAAAAUACCAGACCUUAAGCCACUUAUGAAAUUGGUAGCGCAACACUGGAAACUAACUCUGGCAGCGGCUCCCGUCCCAACAAGAAACACAUCCAUACCAACUAAACAUCACUAUGCUGGACGAAGUCGACGUGGUGACGCACAUCGAGCCGCUCGCAAACGCUGUCAGGACCAUGGAGCAGAAGAUGGACUUCCUGCUACAGUCAUUCGAGCAACGCCUGGAAGCCACGGUCCAGAGACUGGAGAUCCGUCUAAGGUCAUACGAUCAGGCGCUCGACACGCUUCUGGACCGGUCAAAACCGCGCUCCAACUGCGCAUUCUGCCCCUACGAGGACAACCGCGACGCUCACCCCACGGGAAGAUGCCCAAGAUACCCCGACGCAGUGGCAAGAGCGGUGCAGGCCAACGUUUUGGGCCUUUGCAACAAGUGCCUACAACCACGCCAUGGCCAGGACUGUGGAGUGAAGUGCUCCAUUUGCACCGCGGACCACAACAUGCUCCUGUGCCCGUCGCGUGGCACAUCCAACGCGUUCAAGCGCAGAAAGAAUUGAAGUUUUGACUCCUGCCCCUCCCCUCACCACCGUCGUCGCCAUCGCUGCUCCGCUAUCGCAAUCAACUCCACCACACACCAUCGUCGUCGUCAUCGCUGCCCCUCUCCGCUCCCAACUCCUCCGCUCGUCGUCGUCUUCCCUCCGCAACGCAUCGUCCAGCCGCCCACGUCAAGUGAUCAUUUCUCUCAUCGUUUUCUUUUUUGUUGUUAAUUUUCAUUCCUAUACUUUAUUGUUGUUUUCGU